GCGAGAGAUGUAUACAACAAGGUCACUCUUUGUCUUGAAGAAUUCUCCUGGAAAUGGCUUCCAACAACCAUCUGUCGACGGUCCCAACUCUGGUUAUCUCCUGCUAGAAGAGGAAGAACCCGACAAUACUGGAGCUCCAAGCUGCUGGAGGCAACGCGAAGAAACUCAGCUUCGGGAUCUUCCAUUCCCCCAGGACAGUAUCCUCACCGUCAAAUACUCUCCUCAACAAGGAGAGAAAUUGAAGUCUAAAAGUGCUGUUGUCGUCUUCAUCCCAGUGAUUAACCAACCACUCUCUUCCAACCGAUACUAUGUAAUCAUCGCCAGAGGAAGAAACAAAGGGAAAGCUUAUACGUGUUCUACAGAGGGUAUGAGCAUUUGUUGUUCACGCGGUGGCACAAAUGAUGCGAAACCAAGAGCUUUCGAUCACAGAGACAUGUACCAACAAGUGGAGAUUGAGUGCAAGAAUGGUAGAUUUCACGCCAAGUCUGUUGCUCCGGACGGGAUCCCCCCAUGGUUACUAGGAAGGAAGUAUUGGAAGGUUUACGCUUCAAAGCCAAAGAAUUAUAAGUUAGAUGAGGCUUCGGGAAUUGACGUGGCUCUUCAUGCAUGUUUGCCGAGUUUGAACUUCCCAAUAUCUAUCGAAGAAACUCCGAAGUUUGUCGUUGGGAGGUGGUACUGUCCAUUUAUCUUCGUGAAGGAAGAGAGGGGGUUGGGAAAACAAAUGAAGCGUUCCAUGUUCUAUGAGGUAAUUCUUGAGCGAUUCUGGGAAGAAGUAUACGCAUGUGAGAAUCAAAAUGGAAAAGAGAAGGUCGUGGAAGUAAACGCUCUCAUAGCAAGCGAGAUGUUUUUCUUGGAUGGUAAGGAAGUAGUGCAGGACAAUAAGCCCCACGGGGAUGGGAUGAUAUGGUUGAAGCCUACUGACUCCAAAGGAAGGGGGAUGGGACUGAGCUUGGCAAUAUGGGAGAGGAUUAGAUGGGAGGAGAUGAGGAGAGGUUGGAUUGGUGAUGAAGAGGUGGAGAGGAUUGUGAGGAUGGAGGAGCAUGAAGGGAAGAGUGGGUGGAAGAAGUUUGCUUGUUACGUGUUGGUGGAGAGGUUUGCUUUCUGGAGGAUGGAUGGGAGCUUGGCGUUAUCUUUUGAAUUUAGACAUGCCUCUAAGGUUCGGACCAAAUGGGAGUAGAGGUUUCUUUGCCAUCCUUCAAAACCAAAUCAUAUCAUGUGGAUCAUGGAUUUGUACCACUACUACUAUUC